AAAAGCUGAAGUUCACCAAAAAGAAUUUCCUAAAAAAAUUCAGUAAAAUAGAGUGUCCAAUGUCAAUAUGUGACAUUAUUAUUGACAUUAUUGACGUAAAUCGGUAAAUACGAGUAUUAUUGUUCCAUUGAUUUUAGCCAAGGACUCUUCAAUUUGACGAAACGUUCACUCUCUAUCACGUUUAUUAUUUGUCAAAAAGUAUAACGUUGAGUCGUUGAGCACUCCAGCCUUUCUUCUCUCUCAUCUGAUCUUCCCAAACCCUAAAUUGACGAACUACAAUUAUAGAAAUCAGGAUUUUUUCCUAUAUUUUUUGAUUUCUUCUGAUUUCUUUCCAUAUCUGAUUAUUUUUUCCAGUUAUAAAACCAAGAUUUUGAUGCUGUUUUUCCUAUUCAAUUGCAAGUAAUGCCACUUCUAUAGCAGACUGAUGGAGAUGGGCUGCUGUGGGUGCUUUGGGUUCUCGAGAAGGCAAAAAUUGAUUGCAAGGCCGAAGUUUCGAAUUGAUGGGUUUACGACUGUUACUUCUCGUAAACCUUUGCUAGAUGAUGCAGAAGAUGAUGAUGAUGAUGAUGUUGAUAUUGAUGUUGAUGAUAAUGGUUCUUAUAAUGGGGAAGAUACUAGUAUGACACAAGGCUAUGAUGAAACUGAGGUGACUAGUGGGGCGCAACGAGCUGAAGAGAUUAUUAAUUGUAAGAUUAGAAAUGGGUUGAUUUGUAGGCAAUUUGAGGUCAAAGAAACUUGCAAACUCGUGCGUUCGGAGGAUGAACUUGGGAUCAAGAAGAUAAACGAGUAUAUUCGUGAAUUUAAAAUUGGGUCUGGAAGUUACGCAAAAGUGGUUCUUUACCGAAACAGCAUUGAUGGAAAUCAUUAUGCAAUAAAGGCAUUUCACAAGUCCCAUUUGUUGAAGCAACGAGUUGCACCUUCUGAGACUGCUAUGACAGAUGUUCUUCGGGAGGUACUGAUAAUGAAAAUAGUGAGCCAUCCCAACAUAGUUAAUCUUAUUGAGGUGAUAAAUGACCCAGACACAGAUCAUUUCUAUAUGGUUCUUGAGUACGUUGAAGGCAAAUGGGAUUGCGAGGGUGCUGGGCCACCUGGUGGCUUAGGGGAAGCUAUAGCGAGAAAGUACUUGCGAGAUAUUGUUUCUGGGCUGAUGUAUCUUCAUUCACAUAAUAUAGUACACAUGGACAUAAAGCCUCAAAAUCUUUUGGUUUCGCGUAAUGGCACUGUCAAGAUUGCAGACUUCAGUGUCAGCCAAGUAUUUGAGGAAGAUAAUGAUGAGCUUCGCCGCUCUCCUGGGACACCUGUUAUAACUGCCCCUGAGUGUUGUUUAGGUCUUACUUAUCGUGGCAAAGCUGCUGAUACAUGGGCUGUGGGUAUCACCUUGUACUGUAUGAUAAUGGGCAAGUUUCCCUUUAUCGGAGAGACACUACAAGAAACCUAUGACAAGAUUGUUAAUGAUCCCAUUGAUCUCCCAGAAAAUAUUAAUCCUCAACUCAGGAAUUUGUUAGAGGGGCUCCUGUGCAAAGAUCCUGAUCAACGGCUGACGUUAAAUAUGGUCGCUGAGCAUCCGUGGGUUAUUGGGGAAGAGGGUCUACUUCCUGAGUUUUUGUGCUGGUGCAAGCAAAAUAGCACGCAGAAGAAUUUGCGUGAUGAGGAUACAGAAGUACUUGCAUGAGGCUUGGAGAUAGCAGAAAAGGGGAGGUUAAUGUUUUGACUAACCCAUUAUUGUACUUUGCGGACAGUUUUGUGUUUUCUAUACACUUCUUUGGCCAUGUCCAUAUUUGUUUUUCAUCGAUGGUGUUUUAUGUAUGUUGUACCGCAGCAAAUGCUAGGAACUGUAUUAGUGAUGCUAACAUCAGGCAUAAGAGGAAAAGGAGAAAUUAGAAGUUUGGCGGAAAGAGAGAAGGGGGAGGAGGGAGUUUUGAGUCCCUUUUUCUGCAAAGAAAAGGGUUUUUAUUUUUUUACAUUGAUGAGAGACCACAAAAAUAUUUAUGCAAUUUAAAGAAUGCCUUUUACUUUUUUUC